CACGAGUUCCACGACAUAUGGACGCACCUUUGACCUCCCCCCAUUCUCUAACGAACCAACAUGAGCGUACGCACUAACGACCAAAUCCUUCACGAUAGAGUUAAUUUACCCCGCCUGGUAAAAAGGCUUGAGAAAUCCGUGUCCGAGGAUGAUUGGUCUGAUAGCUCCCAGCGGGAUACCUGGAUCAAAGCCCAGGGCACUCUCCAGCGAAUCCGACACGCGCGUUUGCUCCUAAAGAACGUCGAGGUCGAUGACCAUGGUGCUUCACCAGCCUCGGAACAUCGUUAUCAGCGCUUGCGCGUGACGCUGGAUCAAGUCGAAGCGUUUGUAGCAGAGGUCGAACAGAAAGCGUCUCCUCCACUUAAGAGACCAAAGGCAAUUCUGCCAUCAAUACGUGCCCCUGUAACAAAGACAGCUGACGUCGAGAUCAUACCUGUGGAAGCAACCCUCAUCCCGACAGAAGACACAGCUCAAAGCGUGCUUGGUGCGGAUAACCUCAUACCGUCUUCGCAGACAGAGUCGUUACCUUCCGACCCACUUGUACCAUCAACUCUUCCUGCCGCCACUUCAAGGAUCACUGCUACACCUACCAUCCUCCAAAAUUCUCGCGCACUACAAGAAGAGCUCUCAGAGCAACUCGCACUAAUGGCAACGCAGCUUCGGCGCAAUGCUACCCACUUUUCCGAUUCAUUGAUUAAAGACAAGAGCGUUGUAGAAACAAUGCAGGAGAAACUUGAGGGCAACUUUGACUUCAUGAAGAAGGAACGGAUACGGUUAAGGGACUUCAGAGGAAAGAGUGGGAGUACAACAUGUUUGGUGAUAAUGAGCAUACUUGUCGUGCUGGUCGCGUUCAUGCUCAUGGUUCUCGUUAUUCGAGUAACUUGACCGAUGCUCAUAGAUCACGCAUUUCCUCUUUAGACAUUAUAGUUCUGUUCAUAUGCAUAAUAGUCUGUUGUUCUAACAAGAUUCCAACACUGCGGUCGUCAUCAU